AUGUAUUCAACAUCUAAUAAGGCUCUUGCAGCAAUAGUGAAGACUAAAGAGUCAAUUACUUAUGAAGAUGAGGAGUAAUUUGAAGCUGACUGUGAAGAAAUUGAUUAAUUACUUGAUCACAUUACAAAUAUUGUAACUGAAUUGAUUUCUAAUCAUAAAUGCGAAUCUGUAUAAACUAUGAUGCCUACCUAUUACUCAUUCUUAAAUACUAAAUCAACCAAAUCAUAGACCAUUAACUCUAUUGCAUUUUUCAAUAUUGUUUUACCUCUUUGCAAUGAAUCAGUAUUCUAAUAAGCAUAAAAUGAAAUAUUAAAAUGCUAUUCCUCUUUUGCCAAAACAGCUGAUUUGGAAAUGAAACAAAAUCUAUUAUUUGGUUAUGGUAAUAUUGCAAAAAGACUUCCCACUCUUGAUACAACUCAAGUUAUCGAAUUAGCUUCAACAAUCAUUGAAUAACCUGAUUGCAAACAUGUUGAUAAAGUAGCAUCGUAUGAAACUGCCUUGACCACCUUAGGUAAAGUAGCCAUGUAUUGCAAUGUUGCUUAAAAAGAAUAACUCCUUAAUAAAUUCUUAGAUUCUCUUCCACAUGAAUACCAAGAUAGCUAAGAAACUCAUUUAAUGUUUAUUAGAGAAGUUUAAAAUAACAACCCAACAUUGAUGUAAUGCAAAGACUUAGUAAUCCAAGCUCUGAAUAGAAUCAAAACUUAAGAUUGCAACAAUCCUGAAAAUGAAUUGUUGUGCGAUGAAGGAAGAAAAUUGAUUUCAUAAUUAUUAUGUUGAAUUUUAUAAGUUAUAGAUUCAUGUUUUA